AUGGCGGACGAUGUGAAAGAUUCUGCGGAUUCUACUGAAAAUGUUGUUGAAAAAACGGAGGAUGUAUUUGUAAACGGUGAUUCGGAUACAAAACCUGAAGUGUCAAAUAAUGGUACAACUAAUGAACUGACUGUCCCCAAGCAGCCGUUGCCAAGAAGGAGUAGCUUAAUGAAUAAGGAUGGCCAUUCCAAACGGACACCUCGCAAGAAAACGGUAUCGUUCAGUAGCAUGCCUACUGAACGAAAGAUUGCAACCGCCCAGGACUGUUUAGCGUACAUGCAGAAUGGCAGUGAAUUAAUUAAAGUGCGUUCUAAUAGUCGACAAUAUCAUCGUUAUUUUUCAUUAUCUAACGACAUGGUGGAAAUACGAUGGCAGCCUACAAAUAAAAAACCACAUAAAGCUAAAAUUGGAGUAGCGUCAGUGAAGGAGGUGAGACAGGGAAAAACUACGGAUGCAUUACGGAAUAAGGAAAUAGCAGGAGUAUAUCCAGAUGAAUGUGCUUUUUCUAUUAUUUUCGGUGAAGACUUUGAGUCCAUGGAUUUGAUCGCUAACACUGCUGACGAGGCCAAUAUUUGGGUGACAGGAUUAACGUGUCUGAUCAACGCCAAUUCUAAAUCCAGUUCCUGUAACUUGGGAUCAGCAACAAGUUCAUCUUACAUCUUCUUACAAAAUAUUUUUAACAACGCUGAUCCGGAAAACACAGGGUUAAUUCCCGACUCGGAAGUGGUGAGAUUAUUUAAACGAAUUAACGACACCAUUACAACUUCAGUUAUCUCUCAAAAAAUCAAGGAACUUCAGAUGAAGAGAGGUGAUGGUUUACGGAGCAGAUUAAACAGUGAGGAAUUCGUAGCUUUAUUUAAGGAGAUAUCAACACGACCGGAAAUCUAUUUUCUUCUAGUUCGGUAA